CAGAAUUGUUGGCUUUGCACCAGCUACCACAAACGACUACAUAGCCGGUGUGGCCAAGCAGGUCAGGUGAAGUAACCAAUGUGUACCGGACCUACCAGGGCGACAAGAUUUUCCUGACCAUGGAGUCAGCAGCAGCAGCACUGAAAGCUGUCGAGCUCUUGAACGGCCACAAGGCCGACGGCAAAAAGAUCAAGGCCACCGUAAGCCCAGAGCAAGUCGGCGACACAUGGAACAUCCGACGUGGCCGCCGACUAGCCUGGUUCCGCGCAAGGCCGCCAAGCACCCGACCAAAAAGCUUGCAGCUUCGGCAAAGGCGCCUAAACAGAAGGAUCCAGAGGACGUGGUAAUGGAUGAUCCCACCGGCGACAGCACAGCAGCCCCCGCUGCAGCGCCCAAGUCAAAUGACGAUUUCCGCAAGAUGCUCCUG